AGACGCUCGUAAGGUUUCGGCAGUUUCCGGAGAGACUCGGGGCCUCCGCGUCUCUCUGGCUCUGUUCGGAUCACUUGGCGUGGUGGUGCAGGGUCUUAGGCGAGUCAUGGCGUCCCGUUCGCGGAGACUGCAGACUAAACCAGUCAUCACUUGUUUCAAGAGCAUCCUCUUGAUCUACACUUUUAUCUUCUGGAUCACUGGUGUUAUCCUUCUUGCCGUUGGCAUUUGGGGCAAGGUGAGCCUAGAGAAUUAUUUUUCGCUUUUAAAUGAGAAGGCCACCAAUGUCCCCUUCAUUCUCGUUGGCACUGGCACUGGCAUUAUUCUUUUGGGCACCUUUGGCUGUUUUGCUACCUGCCGAGUUUCUGCAUGGAUGCUAAAACUGUAUGCAAUGGUUCUGACUCUCAUUUUUUUGGUCGAACUGGUCGCUGCCAUCGUAGGAUUUGUUUUCCGACAUGAGAUAAAGAACAGCUUUAAGAAUAAUUAUGAGAAGGCUCUGAAACAAUAUAACAUGACAGGAGAUGAUAGAAGCGAUGCUGUAGACAAGAUCCAAAAUACAUUGCAUUGUUGUGGUGUCACCAAAUAUACAGAUUGGGAAAAUACUAAUUAUUACUCGGAACGAGGAUAUCCCAAGAGCUGCUGUAAAACUGAAUGUUCUCCAAGCAAAGAUGCAAGUAAAGUAAACAGUGAAGGUUGCUUUAUUAAGGUAAUGACCAUUAUAGAGUCAGAAAUGGGAGUCGUUGCAGGAAUUUCCUUUGGAGUUGCUUGCUUCCAGCUGAUUGGAAUCUUUCUCGCCUACUGCCUUUCUCGCGCCAUAACAAAUAACCAGUAUGAGAUAGUGUAACCAGCAUAGCUGCGGGCUUACUCCUCUCCAGCUUUAAAUUUUAGGACACUUACGUCAACCCUUUGUCAAAGAAAUACAAGAUCGCCUGGAUGAAAGACCACUGAUGCUACUUAACCAGUAGACUGAAAAACUGCUGAGACUGCUUAACGAUAGACUAAUUCAAUCAAGAUAUUUGUCCAGUAUGUUCUAAGUCCACCUUAUGUCCCAUUCACAUUAGAUCUUUGAAGCACCCCCAUAUCACCCUGAAACACUGGAAGAGCUAGUAAAUUUUAAAUGAAAUACUGUGUUCCUCUUGACUUAUUUUUCUCACUAUAGGGUCUUUUUUUUUUUUUUUUUUCUUUUUUUACUGUGGGAUCUUUGAAAGGCUUUGGUGCUAUUUUGAUGUAGUGUUGUAAGAAGGAAUUGCCCCCGCUGAAUUUCCUACUGAUGUAGUAUGAUAGAAAAUUGACCCCUCUGAGCUGCCCCCUUCCCAGCCAAGGUUAUCUAUUACCACACUGUGUAAUAAAUACGGUUGUGGUCAGUACUUGGAUAGCACUCAUCAGAGUUGCCCGGCGGUGGUAAUGGUCUGUGACCUAAUGCGCUCAAGACUAAAAGACACUACCUGUUCUGUGACACAUCAGGUUUCAGCAUACUUACAGUUGCCUCCCAAUUAAGGUGUCUGUACUCAUGUUUAUAUUUUCCCUAUUAUUUGAAAGGUUCUAGUUACUACUUUAAUGAUGUCGGAAUUAUUGUAUUUUCUUUAGGAAUUUAAUGUCAUUACCUUUGCUGAUAUUUCCUUACUUAUAAUGAUGUCGGAAUUAUUGUAUUUUCUUUAGGAAUUUAAUUUCAUUACCUUUGCUGAUAUUUCCUUACUGGGUUGAUUUUAAUUGGCUAACUUUAGUAGUCUUAGUUUUGGUUUAUGCUUUUGAUUAAUAAAACUCUUUUACAUAAUAAAUACUGUUUUCCUCUUAAA